GGCCCAUAAUCCCGGUUUUUAAAAGCAUCGGCGUCCCUUAGCUCGAAGAGGCGUCCAUCGGAGGAUUCUUCUAGAAGGAAAGAACACAUCACGCGUCCGCCUUCCAUGCAGGGGUGCAAGGUGAUUUCGCUGGAAGAUGCUUCCUUUUUGAUGGUUAAAUCAAAUAUUCCCGUCACUGGGAUUCUUUUGCGGCUCACUUUCAAGAAAAGCCCUUGGGAUUUUAUCCGCAUCGGGCGAAUUCACAAGGUCCUGGCUGCAGCAAGCAGGAAUAAUACCAUCGACACACGCACGCUAGCCAGGACCAUGUUCAAGUAGAACCAGAUACACCUGCGAAUAGAGAGCCUCGCUCCAGGUGACCGGCGGCCAUGUUUGCUUUUCUCCUUGCUCGAACGAGCGCCUAGCCAUUCAUUGUCUCGUCAUUUGUUUGGGCGGCUAAACUGCUUCUGGGCCGGCUUCACUAAGCUGAAGACGCGAAAUGUUUGACCGCGCAACUAUCCGGCAGGCUGCAGAGCCUGGGCGACCAAACCGGUCUCCUCCCAGUUUCCUGCUCUCUUGGGCGAGCGAGGUUUUUGGCUAAAAAGGGAGGCGACGCCCUUCUCCGGUGUUCCUGGUGUUCUCGAAACGGAUCUCUUUGCUGGUCAGUACUCUUAACUCUCUGUUGGGUGUUCAUUUCUGUUCUGCUUAGCCUAUUAUACCAGCUGCAUCGCCGCUCGUCCUUGUCGCUCGCAGCAACCUCUGCUCAAACUCAUCGUCAUCACCACCCGUAACCUGCUUUCAAACGAGCCAGGAGAGAGUGUCAGCAAGGCUCGACAGACAUGGAUGACUUGAGCAAGACCCCCAUUCCCUAUCCUCAGAGCGAGAGACCCACCGAUUUGCGUCAUGCCCAUCUAUUCUCCUCGACUGUUGCGAUCCGGAGCCGCGAACCACACACGAACACGCGAUACCCUGUCGAAAACGGAGGCGGGUCCGCCACCGCAACUACCCGGCCUACCAAUACACCCGGACGCUCUACAAAAAAGACCUACAGUUAUGCCAUUCAAGCGUGGCUCGCCCAAGACAAGGCCAGUGAGCCGUUCGAUGCACUCGACACCGACCUCAACACGUUCUGUGUGAAUUCCAUGAGGGAGCCUCGCGGCAAUAUGGGCCGUGAGCUCGACUGCGAGACGAUGGUUGUGGAGGUGUCCAAGACUGAAACGGUAGAGGAGGCUGGCAAGCCAAAGGUCUGAACUUGACGAGUGCAGGUGCGCUCACCUGCUAUCAAUCUAAAAGACGGGACAAACGGACAUAUGUAGGAAUAAAUCUUUGUACAACUAGGCAACAGCGAUACAGCACUUGCAACUUUUUUAACAAUGAGGUUUGAGGCUCUACAUUAGAGGGGGUAUUAUCGCGCGAGCACCUAGGUACCCUGCUGGCAUCCAUAUGAUGGAUAGCUCCGCGAUUAUUCCGGCAGCCCUCAAUGACAAAGAAGGUUUAGGCGAGUUUAGCCGCCAUGUG